AUGACCAACAAUGAUCGUCUCUUGAAGGCGUACGCCCUCUGCUUCAUUGGAGACGGCAAAUGCACAGCCGAGGGAUCCGAUUUUAAAAAAUGGAUUCCUGAGGCGGUCCAAUCAUCUUGCGGCAAAUGUACAGAGAAACAGAAGGUGCUAGUAGCGAAAGCACUGAAGGCGAUUAAAACCAAACUCGCUGAUGAAUACGUCAGGCUCAAUAAGAUUCAUAAUCCCAAUAGCAAGUACGACAGCACAAUCGAGGACUUCUUAGCCAAAAUCGUUUAUCAUGGAACUACUCAUCGUGCUCGCUCUGGUUGCAUUUUCGAUAGCUCGCCCGGUGGCUCGGCCGGUGAGCAUUAUGACUCCAAAUAUGAUCACUUCGAUGUCAAUGAACUAAUUAACAGCGAACGCUUAAUGAAGGCGUACGCUCAUUGCUUUAAUGGAAUUGGAAAAUGUACUCCCGAAGGAUCUGAUUUUAAAAAAUGGAUUCCUGAAGCGGUCCAAUCAUCUUGCGGUAAAUGUACGGAAAAACAGAAGAUCCUAGUAGCGAAAGCUCUUCAGGCUCUCAAGACCAAACUUCCUGAAGAAUACACCGCGCUCUCCAAGACUCAUGAUCCCGAGGGAAAGCAUGCUGAUGACCUGCAGAAAUUCUUAGAUAAAUACGGCGCUUGA